UGCACUGACUGAAGUUGAAGUUUCAUCCUAAUCCAAUCCAAAACAGCAAGACUGGGCCAGACACGGUAGUCUACACUCUCUGCCACCAGGGCUGGACGGACUGAUGGGGAAAGCUCUGUCUAGGAGCUGCUGGCAAAUAUUCACACUGCAGUUCGAAACUGCCACAUCGUCUGACACUCUGAUGAAACACGUCCUGGCAGCGCGUCAAAGCGCCAACCAGCCAGGUCUCACCGAUGUUGAGCUUUCCAGAGUGAGAGAUGCAUUCAAGCUCCAAGACUUGUCGGCAGAGGAGAAACCAUCUUGGGGGUCCGCUUCUUCCCGUGGCCUCUUCUUCGUCUUCGAAGGUCUUGAUCGCAGUGGCAAGUCCACCCAAAGCAAGAAACUCGAAGAAUAUUUGUCAAAGGUGGGACCUGGCCCAGUGAAAUGGAUGUGCUUCCCAAACCGGAAGACGCCCAUUGGCAGCGCCAUUGAUCUUUACUUGCGGAGGCAACUGGAGCUUCCAGAUGAAGCGGUUCAUCGACUUUUCAGUGCCAAUCGCUGGGAGAUGGCUAAAUCCAUCGUCGAGGACCUUCGUGCUGGUACCACCAUCAUUUGCGACCGCUACGCCUUCUCUGGGGUAGCGUAUUCUGCGGCAAAAGGUUUGGACUUUUCCUGGUGUCAAGCUCCAGACCGAGGGCUUCCAUGUCCAGAUGGAGUUUUCUUUCUGUACAUCGACGAAAAGGUUGGUGCCUCGCGAUCAAACUUUGGUGACGAGCGUUACGAGAAUGCAGACAUGCAGGCUACUGUUCGCACUCAGUUCAAGGAUGCUCGACUUCGAGCACAAGUGAACUGGAGAGAUGUGGAUGGAGCACGGGACAUGGAGGUGAUUCACGCGGAGAUUCGAACAGCUGUGGAAGCAAUCCGACAGGAGGAUCAGGAGAAUCGACAGCGCCCAAUCCAGCGCCUGUGGAUCAAGUGAGAGUCUGGAUGAGUCUGAGUUUCUUUC